CUGUGGUGCUGCUGAGCAGCGAUUGCAGGGUGUGUGAGACUAGAAAAUGUGUGUGUGUAUGCACGAGAGCAUCUCUGCAUCUGUCCCGAUCCGAGCUAGUAUCGUGUGUGUGUGGAUGUGUGCGUGAGCGCGGGGGGAGCGCAGAAGACAUCAGUGCUGUGUGUGUUGUAUGUGUGUGUGUUCGGACAAAAUCUGAUAUUUCCAACAGAACCAGAAGAGGAUAAAGCAAAAGUCCUGAUUCUUGUCACUUUUCUUUUUUUCUUCCUCCUUUCCUCUAAGCUCUGCCAGUGCCCUGCGCGCUCUGCGAAGUUUUUCUUCAACCCCCCCUCCGCAUCACCACCCUCCUCUUGGUGCAGUACAUCUCUGCUGAGGAUACACACGGUACAGAGGGUCACUGAUUGGUCAAGCCAGAGAUCAUGAAGUGGAACCUCUUCAAAAAGAAGCCUGAAGCCAUGGUGGGUCCGGAGCCCACGGGCCCGGGGGGCACCCACCCAUCCCACACCAUGACCAUGGCCCCUGCCGUCUCCACACCGGCGGACAACUCCACAGAGUCUGAGGGCACCGUCAACAAAAACGACGUCUUCGAAGAGAUCAAAAGCAAGUUCCUCAACGAGAUCGAUAAAAUCCCAUUGCCUCCAUGGGCGCUCAUCGCCAUCGCUGUAGUGGCCGCCCUCCUCGUCCUCACCUGCUGCUUCUGUAUCAUCAAGAAAUGCUGCUGUAAGAAGAAGAAGAACAAGAAAGGCAAAAAGGGAAAGGACGGCUUCAACAUGAAGAACAUGCAGGGCGGAGAUAAACAACAGGAUGAUGACGAUGAAGAAGGAGAAACCGGUUUGACAGAGGAGGAGAAAGAGGAAGAGGAGAAAGAAGUGGAGAAACUGGGAAAGCUUCAAUAUUCUUUGGAUUAUGACUUUCAGGAUAACAAGCUGACCGUGGGAAUCCUGCAGUGUGCCGAUCUGAUCUCCAUGGACUCUGGAGGAACGUCUGACCCUUACGUUAAAGUCUUCAUUCUACCAGAUAAGAAGAAAAAGUACGACACCAAGGUGCAUAAGAAGACCCUCAACCCAGUGUUCAAUGAAUCCUUCGUCUUCAAGAUCCCAUACCAGGAGCUGGGUGGGAAGACGCUGGUCAUGUCUGUGUAUGAUUACGACCGAUUCUCCAAACACGACAUCAUUGGUGAGGUGAAAUUACCCAUGAACACCUUGGAUCUGGGCCAGCCCAUUGAAGAGUGGAGAGACCUGGACAGUGCUGAGAAAGAGGAGCCUGAGAAGCUGGGCGAUAUCUGCAUCUCUUUGCGUUACGUCCCGACGGCAGGAAAACUGACAGUCUGCAUCCUCGAGGCCAAAAACCUGAAGAAGAUGGAUGUGGGCGGCCUGUCUGACCCGUACGUGAAGAUCCAGCUCUUGCAGAAUGGAAAGCGCCUGAAGAAGAAGAAGACGACGGUGAAGAAGAACACACUGAACCCCUAUUACAACGAGUCCUUCAGCUUUGAGAUCCCUCUAGAGCAAAUGCAGAAAAUCAUUGUGGUGGUGACGGUCUUCGACUACGACAAGAUUGGCAAGAACGAUGCCAUCGGGAAGAUAUUCAUCGGCAGUAAAGCCUCAGGAACGUCACAGAAGCACUGGUCCGACAUGCUGGCGAACCCGCGGCGUCCCAUCGCCCAGUGGCACCCUCUCCAGCAGGAGGAGGACAUCGAUGCCUCGCUGGCCGCCCUCAACGCCAAGAAGUAAAAUUCACACAUGUCAGCCUGACUAACCAACUAACUAACCCACUCAGCAAUGCAUGACACCCCACACUCAUCCGUACGCUUGUUUCACGUAAUCGCCAACAAAAUCAUUAAAGAAUAUACUUGAAAGUCACACGUUCGCCACAUAGACUGGAAAACCGAGGAAGGAGAAACAGAAAAACUCGACACAAUUGAUCCAAAAAUGUCACUGUGCAUCUAAAUAGUGAAGAGAAUAUUUUUAUAGCCUAGAUUCCCCUGUUAAAUUCGCUAAUUGGGUAAAAAUAACAAUGAAAAUGUUGAAAAUAGAUGAUUUUUUGGGGAAUUUCCCCUCAAAUUUUCCUCUAACUUUACUUUAUAAUUAUUAUUAUAGUAUAUUAUUAUUAUGUAGCUGAUAUAAAAGCCUGUUAUUUCAUCUGAUUAACAGGAGUACUUCAAUUGUGCACAAAAGUAAAUGAUUUUGUGCAAUUUCCCCUUAAACUUUCCUCUGAUAUUGUUUUAUAUUUUCACUUUUAUUAUGUAGCUAUUAUAAAAGGCUGUUAUGUCAUCUCAUAAACAGGAGUACUUUUAUUUUUUCAGGAUGUUGUUUGUCGGAUAUACCGGUUUAAUAAGCUGGAAUUUUGUGCCUAAUCAAAAGUUGAAAUAACAAGUGGGUUUAUGUUAGAAAUAUCUACACAUUUGCACAAUUACAAAGCAAUGAUCGCAUUUAGACAAACAUCCCAGGAGAAAGUAUAGUGUAGGACUGAUCUGUUUACAUCGCCAAUGGGUAGAUUAGACCGUAAGACACGUCAUUGUUUUUACAUUUAUGUGCCCAAAAUUAAUUAGUGCCAUUAGAUAGGACUAUAUUAAUAGAUGGACUAAUAAUUCAUGAGAGGUUGCAAUAUAGAUUAAAGGGUUAGUUCACACAAAUAUGAAAAAUUGUCAAUGAUUUACUCACCCUCAAGGCAUCCUAGGUGUAUAUGACUUUCUUUUUUAAGUCGAUUACAGUCUAAAUGAUUAAGUCUGAGUUACAAUGACUUUUUCUGACUAGUUAUGGCUGCUUCGAAACCUUUAAGAUUCUUUUGUUUCGAAUUAGUAAUGUAAUGUGUAUUUAUAUAGGGCGUUUAUCAUGUAUGGCCAUACAUCCAAAGCGCAUCACAAUAAUGAGGUGGGUCUCUUCACUCUACCACCAGUGUGCAGCAUCCACUUGGAUGAUGCGGCGGCAGCCACAGGAUAGCGGCGCCAGUGCGCUAACCACACACCAGCUAUUGGUGAAGUGGAGAGACGAUCAGAGCACAUAUCAAAUUGGCAAGGUCAUGUGAUUCCAGUAAACAGGGCUUUAUUACAUUGAUACUGUUUUGAAACGUUUCGGAAAUUCAGUGUUUCUCCACUGGGGGGUGAUCUGUGUAAUACCAUAAAUCCACAUGAAUCGUGGGUUCACUCAGAUCACCAACAAGUGGUGAAUAGCUGAACAUGUUUAUUUGAUUUUACCUGAUCUUGGGUCAGUUUUGCUAGAUUUUUAGAUGCUUUAGUGAGGCAUUUGUUAAAUAAAAUGGAAUAAUAUUAGUUAAUAGUCUCUUGUUAGCCUGUGUAGCAGAGCCCAAAAUGGAGCAAGUAAUAUAUAAGCCUUGAAAAUUGAUAAAAGAAAGCAUAUCAUGCAGAGAAUUAGCAUUUAAUAAUAUUAGAUGAUAAGCUAAGUGCAUUAAUAGAGUAUACUUUCAAUCUAAUGUUUGUAAUAUGUUUGAAAAAACAAUUCUAAUACAUUUUGUCUGAGUUUUUAUCGCAUUUACAUGGUUUUGACCUCAAGGUGUCCCUAGCGUUGGUGUUUUGACCGAUUCAGUGAAUCAUUUUUGAAAAGCAAUUAGUUCAGUUGUUUUAAAGCGUUUUUCCCAUUGCUAAUUUUGACUACCAUUUUUUUUUUUCUUUUUUUUUGUGCAUUUAGCGCCAUCAGCUGGGCAGGAGUGUGAAGUGCUUAUGUCGCUACUGUGUUUCUUUCAACUACGCAUGCAUUUCACACUCCUGUCCAGCAGAUGGCGCUAAAUUCACCAAUAAAAUAUAUCUUAAAUGAAGAAGCAGAUGACAGUCUCUCGCAAAAGUUACACAAAACAGUUUGUAAAGUAUUAAAUAUAGUUAUUUAGGUUACAAAAACAGUACACAUUGCUACAGUAGACAUUUAUUCGCCGCCUGGUGUCAUAUGAGGCACUUUUUAUAAUGGAUGGAUGUGCUUUAUUGGACAUUCGACCCACCUGUUGCCAUUGUAGAACUUAAAAAAAAUUACUUUUGACUUGAUCUGAAAGAAGUCAUAUAGACUUAGAUUGCUUUAAAGAGACACCACUCCACCCAAAAAUGAAAACGUCUUUAUUUACUUACCCAUCACUUGUUUCUAACCUUUCUUUAUUCUGUUGAACAUGAAAGAAG